ACACUGUUGGAAUCCGUCGGGGUUUUGGCGUCGCGUAAAACGGAAAACCGUUCUGAUUUUCACUGAAGUUGGGAAAUUGAACUGUUCAGCUGGUUGUGCGAUGCAAAGGCGAUAGGCGCCCAUCGCUGUGCGUGAAGAAAUCAGCAGCAGCAAUUCUCCAGAUCCAGAAGAACAAAAUAAAAUAGCAAAUCAAAAUGGCGCACCAGCAGCAACAACAACUGGCUCCAUCGGUCAACUGUUCACUGGACGAUAUCGAUCUGACGGCCCUAAAAGAUCCAGCUGGCAUCUUUGAGCUCAUCGAAGUUGUGGGCAAUGGCACCUACGGUCAGGUCUACAAGGGCCGUCACACGAAGACUGGUCAAUUGGCUGCCAUAAAGGUGAUGGACGUCACCGAGGACGAAGAGGAGGAGAUCAAGCUGGAGAUCAAUGUGCUAAAGAAAUACUCGAAUCACCGCAACAUCGCCACCUACUACGGAGCCUUCAUCAAGAAGUCGCCACCUGGGAAGGACGAUCAGCUCUGGCUGGUGAUGGAGUACUGUGGUGCUGGAUCGGUAACGGAUCUGGUCAAGUCCACCAAGGGUCAGAGCCUGAAGGAGGAGUGGAUCGCCUACAUCUGCCGCGAGAUUCUGCGGGGCCUGAGCUACCUGCACUCGAACAAAGUCAUCCAUCGCGACAUCAAGGGGCAGAAUGUGCUCCUCACCGACAACGCCGAGGUGAAGCUGGUGGACUUUGGUGUCUCCGCCCAGCUGGAUCGCACGAUAGGACGGCGCAACACAUUCAUCGGUACUCCCUACUGGAUGGCCCCCGAGGUCAUUGCCUGCGACGAGAAUCCCGACGCCACGUACGACAAUCGCUCCGAUCUGUGGUCGCUGGGCAUCACCGCUCUGGAGAUGGCUGAGUCACAGCCCCCGCUCUGCGAUCUGCAUCCGAUGCGCGCCCUCUUCCUGAUUCCGCGCAACUCGCCACCCAGGCUCAAAUCGAAGAAGUGGUCCAAGAAGUUUCACGGCUUUAUUGACACGGUGCUAGUUAAGGACUAUCACCAGCGGCCUUACACCGAGAACCUGCUGAAGCACGGCUUCAUCAAGGACCAGCCCACAGAUCGCCAGGUGCGCAUCCAGCUGAAGGACCACAUCGAUCGCUGCAAGAAGCGCAAGCAGGAGAAGGAGCGCGAGGACUAUCGCUACUCGGGCUCCGACAACGACGACGACGAACCACAGCUGGCCGGUGAGCACAGCUCCAUUGUCCAGGCACCAGGCGGCGAUACGUUGCGCCGCAACUUCCAGCAGAUCCAGGAAGGUCGCCUGGCCGCCGAGCAGCAGCAGCAGCAUCACCUGAUGGCCCAGGCGCAGGCUCAGGCGGCUGCCGCUCAUGCCGCUGCCCAGGCCCAGGCGCAACUCCAGCAGCAGCAACAGCAGGCUGCGGCGGCGGCAGCAGCGGCGGCCCAUGCAGCACAACAGGCUCAGCAGGCCGCACAGCAGGCGCAGGCCCAGCAGCCACAGGCCAAUCGGCAGCCAAAACCGCCAUCGCGCCAGCAGGUUGAGGAGCCGGGUCCGCCAGCACGUCCGCCACAGCGCCUGAUCGUGGUGCCGGAUCCGCCGCACGCCAAUCGGCCAUUGCCACCGACGCCCAAGUGCGGCGAGCCGGCGGGACAGACGCCGCAGCAACAGCAGCGCAAUUCGCAGAAUAACUUCAAGCCAUCGUUACCACCAAGGAGACCUGAGCCACAGCCGCAGACGGCCGCCGGUGGUCAGGGAUCCCAGCAGCAGGCGCAGCCGGAGGCGCCGCCUCGCAACAAUCGCCAGUCGAGCGGUCUGUCCUCCUCCGGCGGAUCGGCAUCCGGAGGCGGCGGUUCGUCGAAGCCCGCAGCCGCUCUGCCGCAGCAGUCGAACAAUCAUUUGGGCCAGCCGGUGAAUCCGCUGGAUCCCUUGGACAGCAGCGAUUCGGACAGCGAGCCGGAUGAGCCCAACGAUCGGGCUAGGAACGAUGGAACUCUAUUGGCCAGUGAUCCGCCCAAGCCACUGCCCGGCUUGGGACCCGUCUCCGAGGACGCCAACACGACAACGCCCUUGAGUCACGGCAGCGGUGGACCGCCCAACCGCCCACUGCCGCCCACGCCCGACGACGACGAUCAGGCUGGCGAUCGGACUUUGAUCAUGAAGCGCAAACUAGAGCAGAACAUAAACCGCCUGCAAAAGUCCGCAUCCACAUCGCAAGCCAAUGUGACACCGUCGCGUCGCGGCGACGAAUCCAAUUUGCUGCGGGACUGGGACUUUGAUCGUUUCUUCCCCAAGAACGCAAACGGUCCGAGGGGCAGUGGACGUGGUAGCCCCACAACCACUGCCAGCUUGAGCCGAAGCUCCCAGCUGAGCACGCUGAAGGUGGAUACGAAACUGCAAAGGGCCAGUGUGGCGGAGGCCAUCACGAGACCAGUUCCCCGGGGCUAUCAGCCGCUAAAGGCCGAACCAAGUGCCAGCCAAAGUAUUGCCAAAGAACAAGGAUCAGCAUCAGGAUCCGGAUCGGGAUCGGGAAGUGCUAGUGGUAGCGGAAGCGGUGGUAGCACCAAUUCCCCAGCGCAUAAGCGCCAGGAUUCGGACUCCCGAUUGCCAACGAAUUUUGAGCGCGGUUUUCGACGCGAGAACUCGGACUUCUUCCCGCUGGCCAAGAGAUACUCGGCUGUGUUCAGUGGUGCAAGUGCAUCCGGAUCAACAGCUGGAUCGCCGUCAGCACAGGCUCUUCAGAGGUCGAGCGCAGUGUACCAAAGGAACAGCAUUUAUAGCAGCAGCAUCAGCAGUAAGAGCAAGGAGAAUGACGUGCCUGGAGCGCCAGGAGCAGCUGCAGCAGGAACUGCCACUGCCAGUGCCAAGCCAGGACCAGCUGCAGCCACAACCACUGCCACCAAGGGAGCUGCUCCAAAGACCUCCAAGUCCCUGGCCAACUUUCAUUUCCUGCGACCGCGUCGCGAAAAGACUGAAUCCGUCAUUGUGCUGCAGAAUGCUGCCGUUCGCGCCCAAAGGCUGCAGCAACUGCAACAGCAGCAGCAGCAGCAGCAACUGCAGCAGCAACAGCAGCAGCAGAAUCGAGGAGGAGGCGGUGGCGGCGGCGGCGGCGGAGGAGGCGGUGGCAGCAGCGGCGUGGGCGCCGAUGGCACUGGACUGGGAACUCCUGGGACAAGGACCAGCAGCGUCCUGCCGGAUCUACUCAGCCAGGCAUCGCCGGCAACGCCACCACGCCAUGAUAAAUCAUCCAGUGAGGAGUAUCAAGCGGCCAUUAGCUCAUCCGUGCAUUCCACGCCAUCGAAAUCGUUUAUCGCCAGCAGCGGAAGCGGUGGUCUCGGUUUGGGGGGCGGUACCGUUGUGGGCGGCGUGAUUAUCAGCAGCAAUCACUCGCCCCAAUCGACGAUAUCGCUCGCCUCUUCGUCCUCGAAUUCGCGCCAGAAUUCGCCCAAGAAUUCGAUCAGCAAGACGCGCUCCUCCAGCAGUAUUACUAAUCUCUUGCACAAAUCUGCUUCUUCCUCCUCCGCGAACCUGCACCACCUGACGCCCUGCUCCUCGACGUCCUCGGCCUCGAUCUCCAAUCCGCUGCCACCGCACGCCUAUGCCCUGCAACAGAAGCAGCGCAGUUUCCUGACCUUUGGCUUCGGCGCCGGCGGCUCUGGUCCUUCGCGCCGGGAAUCGCACGUCAAUGUCAAUGUAACGCCCACCUCCCACGAGGCGGCCAACGAUACGCCCGAGAUCCGUAAGUAUAAGAAGCGCUUCAAUUCGGAAAUCCUGUGCGCAGCGCUAUGGGGCGUCAACCUGCUGAUUGGAACGGAGAAUGGCUUAAUGCUGCUAGAUCGAUCCGGUCAGGGCAAGGUCUACCAGCUCAUCUCGCGACGCCGUUUCCAGCAAAUGGAGGUGCUAGAGGGCCAGAACAUAUUGGUCACCAUAUCCGGCAAGAAGAACCGAGUGCGCGUCUACUACUUGUCCUGGCUAAAGUCGAAGAUCUUGCGCACCGACGGACUCUCCGAUCAAGUGGAGCGUCGGAACGGUUGGAUCAACGUGGGUGAUCUGCAAGGUGCUGUACAUUUUAAGAUUGUCAAAUACGAGAGGAUUAAGUUCCUAGUGAUUGCAUUAAAAGACUCUAUUGAAAUUUAUGCAUGGGCUCCCAAACCAUAUCACAAAUUUAUGGCAUUUAAGAAUUUUGGUGAACUGGAACAUCGCCCGCUUUUGGUCGAUCUCACCAUUGAGGAUCAGUCGAGACUGAAGGUGAUCUAUGGCUCCGCCGAGGGUUUCCAUGCGGUUGAUUUAGAUUCAGCUGAAGUAUACGAUAUCUAUCUUCCCAAGCAUACUCAGGGUGCAAUCAUUCCGCAUUGUAUUGUGGCGCUUCCCAACUCAAAUGGCAUGCAACUGCUGCUGUGCUACGACAAUGAGGGCGUCUAUGUGAACACUGUGGGCCGCGUUUCCAAGAACAUUGUACUGCAGUGGGGCGAGAUGCCCACCUCGGUGGCCUACAUCGGCACUGGACAAAUCAUGGGCUGGGGCAAUAAAGCAAUAGAGAUACGUUCCGUUGAGAGCGGCCAUUUGGAUGGUGUGUUCAUGCACAAAAAGGCGCAGCGCUUGAAAUUCCUUUGCGAGCGAAACGACAAAGUAUUCUUCAGCAGUGCCAAAGGUGCUUCAUCGUGUCAAAUCUACUUUAUGACGCUCAACAAGCCGGGCAUGGCCAAUUGGUAAUCGAAUCCAAUCGAAACCAAUCCAAUUCAAUCCAAUCCAAUCGACGAUCGAUGAUCGUGGCAGGCAGCCUUCGAUCGACGGCCCAGCGAUCGAUUUGCUCAACCGGCAACAAAAUCAACCCAUAAACAUUUUCUUCUUAUUUUACCACAAAAGGCAAACGAAAAUGAAUGAAAGUAUCUAACGCGAACACAUAAAAGAUAAUUAGCUGAUUUAAGUGAAGAGUGCAUAACGAUUAAGUGAGAUAUCCUAAACAAACACACCAACAACAACAACAACAACAACACUCAACAACAUACCAACAACCCGAGGUCAUGAACUUGUGCUUAUGAAAUUCACCACGACAACGUUUCAAUUAGUAAAUGUGCUAAGAAAACUCGAUCAACGCGAGUCUAUAUAUAUAUAUAUACAUAUAUAUAUAUAUAUAUAUAUGUGUAUAAAAUAAUCUACUUAAUAUUUAGAAACGAACAUUUCAAGCUCACUCGUCGAGGUUUUUUGUCAGAUCUGGUCAGAAAAAAAACCGCAAUUAAAGCAAUUCGUAUCCUCCAUCCUUUCGAUGUAUGUAUAUUAACGUUACAUAACUGAACAAACACCCAGCACACACGAUUCAGAUUCAGAUUCAUUUCAAAUGUCGUUUCACGAUUGUGUAUGAUUUCGCUUACAAGUUAAACUUAAGUUGAAAGUUAGCAACGCAGCAUAAGCCCACAAAACAUACAAGUAUAUCGAAUUUUCUGCGCACAGCAGAAAAUAUAGAAGAAAAUAUAUGCAGUUAGUUUUUGUUCUUGAUAUUAUCAAAUAGAAUUUAUUUGUGCGUUUCUGAUAAAUACGUGUUAGUGGAGAGAGAGCAGAGGAAAUUUAUACAUUUUAUGCAAAUGCAAAUGCAAAUGGAAAUCGAAGCGAAGCGAAGCAAAGCAAAGCAAACAAAACCCACAUAAAACGCCAUUGUAAAAACUAAGUGAUAAACAAGUAAAUAAUUGAUUAAUGUAAAAUAAAGCCGAAAGCAACACAAAACCCAAGCAAGCUUGCAACAAUUGAGGAAAUCCAAUGGAAGUAUAGAAACGCACCACGUCGUUUGCGAGGAGAGCUACCUUAAUAACGAAAUUGGAGGGAAUUACAAAACGAGAACCUAGUUAAGCUGCAUUUUUUACUGAACUUUUAUACAGAGCCAAGAGAAUGAUGAAAACAAAAGCAAAAAUAACGGAUGAACGAAUCGAGGAGGGAAAUUAAACCAAAAUUCUAUAAAUCGUAGCAUGUUAAAAUUGAUAACCAUCUCCGCUUUUUGUACUGUGUGCAUUUCUUUGUGUUUUCACUAGCUUCAAUAUCAAAAGUGGUCACGUUGCAAUAUCUCUAUAUCGAGUGCAUAUAGAAGAAUCUUGUCCCCAACUGGCACACACUCCAAUGUCCCCAAUGAAACACUAAUUCUGCCUUAUUUUAUGUUGUUUGCGUGAUUUCGCCCCACUCCCUUCUCUUCCACACGAAAAAGUCUCAUGAAGAAGUAUAUUUAAAAUAUUGUUUGUUUUUGUGUUAUAAACUGAUUGUACGCCCCCGUAUUUAGUAAUGUUCAUCCAAGCAAAAUGGAAAGAUAAGUGCACCAACAUGCACGUCUAAAGCAACAAAAAAAAAAAAUAAAAGAAUUAGUAAUAAAUGCUUACUUUAUUUCUAAAAUAAAACAAGUAAAAUGGUACAGAAAUGAAUGUAAAUCUAAUUAUUAU